GAAUCUUGCAUAGAGAUAGAGAGCCGUCGCCGCAAGGAUGGGCAAGAAGGGAAAAGGCGGGCAAGCGGCGGCGGCUGAAAAGGCUGCCCAGAAGGCGCAGAAGCGUGCAAAGCAGGAGGCCAAAGCGUCAAAGACGCUCACCAAGAAGGACACCAAGGCAAAGGGACAACAACCACCACCACCACCCACGAAGGGAGGUGCAGGCAAUGGGAAAAAGGCAGGCAAGAAGGGCAAGGCGGCCGCAGCCAUCGACGACGAAGAAGACCUCGAUGCAUUGCUGGAGAAGUUCAGAGAGCAGUGGGCGACCGAGCACGACGUUCACGAAGAGAAGAUGGCCGAAGCGCCGACCAGGCGAGCCAAUGCCACCUUGACGCCCUGCCCCAACGGCACCGACCUCUGGUUGUUUGGUGGCGAGUACUUUGAUGGUGACAGAGCACUCUUCUACCCCGAUCUCUACCGAUACACGCCCUCGACGGCGACGACAACUGCGACACCAGUGCCUACCAAUGGCUCAACGCCGACUGAUGGUGGUGUGUGGCGCUCCUAUGCAUCCGCAAACCAGCCAGGUCCACGUUCGGCGCACCAGGUGGCCACGACGGCAGCCAAUGGCGGUCAGCUCUGGCUCUUUGGCGGCGAAUUUGCAGGCCCACGAAUGAAUAGCUUCCACCACUACCGUGACCUCUGGGUGCUCCACGUUGCAAGCAAGCAGUGGGAACGCAUCGACACCAAGGUCCGGCCAAGCGCGCGAUCGGGCCACCGCAUGGUCUGCUGGAAGCAUUUCCUCGUCCUCUUUGGCGGCUUCCAGGAUACGGGCGUCCGGACAACGUACCUGGGCGACCUCUGGCUCUUUGACCUGUCCGAGUACAAGUGGCACGAGAUCAAGCACGAUGCACUCAGGGCUCAUCCUGCCGCCAGAUCGGGCUUCUCGCUCCUCGCGUGCCCCGAUGGCGUCCUGCUCCACGGUGGAUAUUGCAAGCGAUACGUCAAGGGCCAGCGUACCCAGGGUGUAGCCCUCGAGGACACCUGGUUCCUCAAGCUCGAGCUCGGUGGCGAUGGCGAUCUGCUGCAUUCGGGCACGUUUGAGUGGCAGCGAAGGCGCAAGAUCGGCUAUGCGCCUGGCCCGCGGUCUGGUUGUACCAUGGCGCUCUGGGGCAACAAGAACAUGGGUGUCCUCUUUGGAGGUGUCACGGACCAGGAAAAUGACGAGGAGAGUCUCGAAAGCGUGUGCCACAACGAACUGUUUGCCUACCAGCUCGGAGGUAACGGGCGAUGGGUCAGCCUGAACCUCAAGCGACCCAAGAAAAAGGGUGGUAGACGGCGAAAGAAGCCGCAGCAGCCCCAACCUCAGCAGAGGGAGAAUCGCGACGAUGACAGCGACGAUGAUAAUGAGGGCCGAGGUGAUUACGAGGACGGGGCAAGAGAGGAAGAAGCAAGAGACCAGGAAGAGGAAGAAGAAGACGACCCAGACGACCCUCAAAAAAGCGUUCCUCUGGCACGCUUCAACACGAUGCUGGCCGUGCAGAGGAACACACUCUACUGCUAUGGCGGCAUCCACGAGACACAGAACCGCGAGUACACUCUCGACGACUUUUAUACGCUCGACUUGUCCAAGAUGGACCGCUUCCAGUGCCUCAAGGGCUGCCCCAUCGAUGCCCUCGAAUGGAACGAGUCCGAGUCUGAGUCUGAAUCAACGUCGGGCGACUCUGCCUCGGAUUCGGGCGAUUCUGAUUCUGAUUCCGACGACGAGCAGCAGCAAGAAGGCGAGGAGGUCAAGGUGAUCCAAGAGAACGAGGACGAGCUCUUCUCCGAAGGCGAGGACGGGCUCGACGACGAGACGUUGGCCCGACUAAAGCGCGAGAAGGCAGAGCGGGAAGAGCUGCGAAAGCGAGCAAUGGCCUUUGCAGGCGUUGCUAAAGACUCAAAGCAGCGGGAGCAGGACUUUUUGUCGACGCCGCUGCCUGGCGAGAAUCUCAAGGACUUCUAUGCCAGGACCAAGUCGUAUUGGGGCAGCCGGGCCUUUGAAGAAUCUCAAGGCCAGAGCAGGGGAAAGGAGAUGAGGAGGGAUGGCUUCUCCCUGGCUGAGAAGAGAUAUGCAGAAUACAAGCCUGUGCUCGACGAGAUUGAGCGCAUCCAGAGAGAAGCAGGCCUGGACGCCGAGGAGCUCAAGGCGGUGAACAAGGGCGGUGGGCCCGGCGUGGGGCAAGGAGUGGAUAGCCGAAACCGUCGCUAGCCUCAAUUCCCAUCAUUUGCCCUCGCUUCAUUCGACCAGCGCCGAGAUGGCGGUCGGGCGGACGGCAUUUGCAGACGACGAUAGGCAACAAUUGUACAACAAAUCUAAAAUGCACUACACUUUGCGAUGCAGAAUCGAAAGCACCAGAACGCACGUACUGCGAGAGGUCCAGAAAGUGCAGCAU